AUGUCCAACUCGCCCUCCCAGCCCGGACCAGACCCUGACGGCGAUGAACCAUUGAUAUUGAGAGUCAAAACAACAACAGCAUUCCAGAAGAUUUUCAAUGCGGUUGCAGCCCAGAAGAACGCCGCCCUAGGUUCAUUUCGGCUGCAGUAUGAUGGUCAAAACCUGUUACCCAACGAGACUACGCCGGCUGAUUUGAAUUUUGAUGACGAAGAAGUCUUGGAUUAUUUCGUGCAAGCAAUAGGUGGAUGA